AUGGCCUCAAUGAAUGUGUAUAUUGGAACAGCUUUCCUUGUUCAGAUCAUCACUGGAUCUCUGGGAAAUUUAUUUAUCUUAAAUCAGAAUUUAUUCCAUUACUUCAGAGGAUACAGGCCACAGACCACAGAUUUGAUCCUUGGACACAUGACUGUGGCAAACUUCCUGGUUAUUCUACCAAGAGGAAUUCCAGAGACCAUGGCAGCUUUUGGGUUGGAAGACUUCCUCAGUGAUCUUGAAUGCAAAUCCAUCUUCUAUAUGCACAGGGUGGGCAGGGGUGUGUCCAUGGGAAGUACCUGCCUUCUGAGUGUCUUUCAAGUCAUUACUGUCAGCCCCAGAAGCUACAAAUGGGCACAAUUUAAUUUAAAAGCUAAAGAAUACAUGAUCACCUCUGUUGUCUUGUGCUGGCUCCUGCACAUGCUGCUAAAUAUCAUUUUUCCUGUGCAAGUGACAGCCAAAUGGAAAAACAAAAACAUCACAAAUAAAAUAGACUUUACAUACUGUUCUGGUCAAGGAUAUGAGAAAAUUUUAUACUACAUAACUGCCACACUGUUCUCCAUCUGUGAUGCUAUAUGUAUAUGUCUCAUGCUCUGCGCCAGCUGCUCCAUGCUUUUCAUGCUAUGCAAGCAUAAGAAGCAGGUUCAGCACAUCUAUGGGAUCAACGUUGGCUCCAGAUCCUCUCCUGUGACCAGGGCAAUCAACAGCGUCCUUGCCCUCACAUGCACAUAUGUACAUUUCUACACCAUCAGCUGCAUCAUUCAAAUGUGUCUGACUGUUUCCUAUCAUCCAAGCACCAUAUUGCUAACCAAUGCUGCCUUGAUUAAUUCAUGUUUUGCCACACUUUGUCCCUUUGUGCUCAUGAGCUGUGAACAUGACCUCUCCAAAAUCUGGUGUUUACAUUGUAGGAGCAAAAAGUCAUCUAAACUCAUCAGAAUAAAAGGACAAAUUGUUUGA